UUUGAACCAAAAUUUCUACGAAGUAUGUGGGAUCUUAAAGUGGACUAUAUGGGUAAUUACCACUUUAGAAUUUGCCUAUCAAUCGGCCCAUUUUAAAAGUGGGUCAAACGCAUACGCAUGACUAACUGCAUAACCCUACUUUGGUCCAUUAAAUACUAUCCUAUACUCCUUCGUACUAAUAACAAAACCCUAAGCUUGGAGUGAGCGCAGACACUUCUCUUUUCCAGAGCGAGUUCUCUUUUCCAGGUAGCGAAGAUGAAGUUCAACAUUGCAAACCCGACUACGGGUUGCCAGAAGAAGCUAGAGAUUGAUGAUGAACAGAAACUAGGAUGUGAGGCCAGGAAACUGUCCAGAGCAGUCCAUUUAGUGUGCUGAAUGGAAAUCGCUUAAAAGAAACUGCCAGAAAUCUAGAUACAUCUUAUUGCCAUGUGUACAAUUCAUAGGACUUUUCAGAUGUUAUCUUAGAGUGUGGCACAAUUUUCUUUUUCUGCGAUGUACAACGUAGGUUUUUUAAUGGCAGGCAUUACUUUUAUAUCUAAUCUGCUUGUGUCACGUGUAAUUUGUAAUUCUUUGGUGGGAACAGUUUUAGCCACAAGGUCCAGCUUUUGUAAAUACAAAGAUUCUAUUAUGUACAAUCAGUAGUUUUUCUAUAUUCCACUUGGAGAAUUGGUGUAGUGCAGCUAAUGGCCUAAUGCCAAAUGCCAUUUCAUUGAAUCAUUAACUUAUAAAAGUUUAAAUAUCUCAAUAAUGCAGUCGUGCCUUUUAUGACAAGAGAAUCUCUCAAGAAGUCAGUGGUGAUGCUUUGGGAGAGGAGUUUAAGGGAUAUGUAUUCAAGAUCAUGGGUGGAUGUGACAAACAAGGAUUUCCCAUGAAGCAAGGAGUCUUGACUCCAAACCGUGUUCGCCUUUUAUUGCCUAGAGGUACUCCUUGUUUCCGGGGUUAUGGAAGGCGUGAUGGUGAGAGGAGAAGAAAAUCAGUACGUGGGUGCAUUGUCAGUCCUUACCUCUCAGUUCUGAAUUUGGUCAUUGUGAAGAAGGGUGAAAAUGACCUUCCUGGAUUGACUGAUGUUGAGAAGCCAAGGAUGAGGGGUCCUAAAAGAGCAUCAAAGAUUAGGAAGCUCUUCAACCUGUCCAAGGAAGAUGAUGUCAGGAAGUAUGUCAACACGUACCGCAGGACAUUUACUAAUAAAAAGGGGAAGGAGGUUAGCAAAGCUCCUAAAAUACAGAGGCUGGUCACUCCGUUGACCCUCCAGAGGAAGAGGGCCAGAAUUGCUCAAAAGAAGCAAAGGAUUGCCAAGGCUAAGACAGAGGCUCAGGAAUACCAGAAGUUGCUUGCCAGUAGGCUGAAGGAGCAAAGGGAGAGGCGCAGUCAGAGUGUGGCCAAGAAGAGGUCCAAACUCUCUAUUACUUCUAAGCCAUCUGUUGCUACUGCUUAAGCCACGUUGCAUUAAUGUACCCUUUCUUUUUUGGACUUCUUGGUUUGUUACCUAGUUUUGAUGUUUCAAGUUUUGGAGAUUUUGUUAAACAGAUGAGACUUGAUACUGCCUUUAUUUAUAUUUAGAUUGAAACUUUUGGUGCUAUUUCUCUUUCUUCACACACACUCAAUUUUUACGAGUAAGUAAGGUCCUGUUUACUUUUUUUUUCUAUUAAGUCCUGUCUGGAUUAAGACGUCUGUCAGUAUUAAGACGUCUGUUUGGAAUAAGUGACACUAGUAUAACAAGCUGUUUACUAUGUGUAUUGAAUGUAUAGUCUGAAUUAUGUCAUUUUACCAAUUUAUCCUUAUGCAUGUAAGAAGUGCUGAAUCUAUAUUAUCUUUUUACUGAUUUUGUAUUUACGAUCUGGG